ACUCUGGAAGCUCACAUAGCAGCCUCACAGAGGGAGUUAGAGCAUCUUUGUUGACUGAGAGCAGCAGACCAACACAGCUCAAUUUAGUGAAAAGCGUCUGACAUUUAUUUGCAAAUGUAUGUUACGUUUAUUUAUGCAGAUCAAACAUAUUUUUUUGUAGAAAGUCGUAAAGUUUAAAGAGUAGUUUUGUGGCAACUUUGUACAUUUUUAGAUACUUUAAUAUUUAACAAUGUUUUGGUCCGUCUUCUGCGCAACUUUACUUCUUGCUCCUUUAGUUUGCGAGUCAAGAGCCAAGCGAUAUGUCAUCGGCUGUCCAGAUAAAUGUGACAAAUUUCUAUGUCCCCCGAUCCCUGCGGACUGUAUGGCCGGCGACAUCCUUGACCAAUGCGACUGCUGUCCGGUUUGUGCGCACGGAGAAGGUGAGGUAUGCGGCGGCACGGGGAGACUAGGGGACCCGGAGUGCGGAGAGGGCAUGGACUGCUCGAUAUCGGACGGAAUUGGGGUGUCCGCCACAGUAAGGCGUCGGGGCAAAAACGGUGUAUGCGUCUGCAAAGGUGCGGACCCGGUGUGCGGCAGUGACGGGGUGUCCUAUCGAAACAUCUGCGAACUGAAGAGAUUGAGUAACCGGGCUCUGAAACUUCAGCAGCCACCGGUCAUCUUCAUACAGAGAGGAACCUGUGGCAAAGGACAGGAGAAUCCAGACAGUCUGCGCCACAGAUAUAACUUCAUCGCUGAUGUGGUGGAGGAGAUCGCUCCCGCUGUGGUUCAUAUUGAACUGUACCGCAAGAUGGUGUUCUCUAAGCGUGAGGUGGCGGUGGCCAGCGGCUCUGGCUUCGUGGUGUCGGAGGACGGCUUGAUUGUGACCAACGCCCACGUGGUGGCCAAUAAGCACCGGGUGAAGGUGGAGCUGAAGAGUGGCGCCACCUUCGACGCCAAGAUCACAGACGUGGACGAGAAGGCAGACAUUGCCCUCAUCAAGAUCGACACCCCGACGAAACUGCCGGUGCUGCUGCUGGGUCGUUCAGCUGACCUGAGGCCUGGUGAGUUCGUUGUGGCCAUCGGCAGCCCCUUCUCCCUGCAGAACACGGUCACCACAGGUAUCGUCAGCACCACCCAAAGAGGAGGCAAGGAGCUGGGCCUGAGGAACUCUGAUAUGGAAUACAUCCAGACGGACGCUAUCAUCAACUAUGGGAACUCUGGCGGACCCCUGGUCAAUCUGGACGGAGAGGUGAUCGGGAUCAACACACUGAAGGUGACAGCAGGAAUCUCCUUCGCCAUCCCCUCAGACAAGAUCCGUCAGUUCUUGGCAGAGUCCCACGGCAGACAGUCUAAAGGUAGAUUAUUACCAAAGAAGAAGUACAUCGGUGUGAGGAUGAUGACUCUCACUCCAACGCUUGCAAAGGAGCUGAAGGAGAGAACAUCAGACUUCCCUGAUGUUACCUCAGGGGCAUAUGUCAUCGAGGUCAUCCCAAAAACACCAGCUGAGACAGGUGGCCUGCAGGAGAGUGACGUCAUAAUCACCAUCAACAGCCAGCGAAUCACCUCGGCCAGUGACGUCAGCAGCUCUAUCAAGAGGGACGACACGCUGCGAAUGGUGGUCCGGCGGGGGAACGAGGACAUCAUGCUCACCGUCGUCCCCGAGGAUAUUGACCCUUGACCUCUAGGCAACCACGAGCUGGUUCUCAGUGUUUAAAAACCACAGACUUCAACCGGGAUGGUGUGUCUGGAUCCACACCCUACCAUAGAACCUGUAACUACGAGUGCCCACCCCCCCCCCCCCCCCCCCCCCCUCCCCUGAGGCCCACACUGAAACCUCUGGGACCUCAAAUGCAUCCAGGGCAACACAGACAUAUUUUAGCACCCUGCUACUCUUUUUGCAUUAAAAUGUUUUCCUUGUGUAUAAGUCAAAAAGACACUUCGCUCUCAGUGAAACUGAUUAUUGCCAUCACGUUUGUUUUCAUACUCUACUAACGUCCUUGCACAGAGUACCCACCUCAAUCAGAUAGAAAAGUGGGUGUCGCAGAUUACCGUAGUUUUGUAGUUGUUUUUGUUACUGUUGAUAUUGUUGUGUUUUCUCAAUUGUAUUUCUCUUGAUAUGUUUUGAUGAAAAUUUCACAGAGGGAAUAAAAAGAUUUGGG